AUGUCAUUGUCAGAGAGAAAUAAAAGUGGGGCCAUGUUCACUCUUUUGGGCUUCUCAGGUUGCCCAGAACUGCAGGUUCCCCUCUUCCUGGUAUUUCUGGCCAUCUACAGUGUCAGUGUUGUAGGGAAUGUAGGAAUGAUUGUAAUCAUCAAAAUUAACCCCAGACUGCACACCCCCAUGUACUUUUUCCUCAGCCACCUCUCAUUUGUGGAUUUCUGCUAUUCUUCUGUCAUUGUUCCCAAGAUGCUGGUGAACCUAGUUGUAGAAGACAGAACCAUUUCGUUUUUAGAAUGUGUAGUACAAUACUUUCUCUUUUGUACCUUUGUGGUGACUGAAUCCCUUCUAUUAGCUGUAAUGGCCUAUGACCGCUUUGUGGCCAUUUGCAACCCUCUGCUCUACACAGUUGCCAUGUCCCAGAGACUCUGUGCUAUGCUGGUGGGGGGAUCAUAUGUAUGGGGAGUUGGGUGUUCCUUGAUAUUCACAUGCUCUGCUUUGAAAUUAUCUUUUCAUGGUUCCAACAUAAUCAAUCACUUGUUUUGCAAGUUCUCCUCACUUCUUUCCCUUUCUUGCUCUAAUACUUACCUCAAUGAAUUGUUGCUUUUUAUCUUUGCUACUUUUAAUGUGGUGAGUACAUUACUCAUCAUUCUCACAUCUUAUGUGUCCAUCCUUGUCACCAUCUUGAAAAUGAGUUCAGCCAGUGGUCGUCAUAAGACAUUCUCUACCUGUGCCUCUCAUCUGACUGCCAUCACUAUCUUCCAUGGCACCAUCCUCUUCCUCUACUGUGUGCCCGACUCCAAAAACUCCAGGCACACUAUCAAAAUAGCCUCUGUGUUGAAUCCCUUGAUCUACAGUCUGAGGAAUAAGGAUGUCAAGAAUACAGUCAGCAAGAUAAUGGAUGCUAAAGUCUUUUCUCAUUAA